AUGCUUACCCCUAAGAGAGCCGUCGCCGCCGCGGCCUUCUUCCUAAUCGUCUUCUACUUAAUAUCCUCCUCACACGACACAACAGACGUUACGAAAGCCCCAGUCGCCGCUUCGAACCAUGACACGAAAGAAUCCUCAAAAACUACCCACACUCCGUCGACCGAAAAAGUCGAGCCAUCCGUCCCCAAGAAGGUCACUGGGCAGAAGCCCAUGAUGGACAUGUCAAAAAUGUCCCUCGCGGACAAGCUGGCAUACCAAUACCCCUACGAUGUCGAGACGCGCUUCCCGGCAUACAUCUGGCAGACGUGGAAGUGGACGCCUGCCGAGGAGGAGUUUGCUUUCCGCGAGCAGGAGGCUUCCUGGACAGAGCAGCACCCGGGCUUCGUUCACGAGGUCAUUACCGACAAGGUGGCCGUCAACCUUCUUCGUCUGCUUUAUGCCUCCGUUCCAGAAGUGCUCGCGGCCUACGACGCUCUCCCUCUCCCCGUUCUCAAGGCCGAUUUCUUCCGAUACUUGAUUUUGCUCGCACGCGGCGGCAUUUACUCCGACAUUGAUACCUACGCCAUUCGAUCUGCCCUCGAGUGGGUUCCCGAGCGCAUCCCGCGGGAGAGCAUUGGUCUCGUCAUUGGCAUCGAGGCCGACCCCGAUCGCCCCGAUUGGAAAGACUGGUACAGCCGUCGCAUCCAGUUCUGUCAAUGGACCAUCCAGUCCAAGCCCGGCCACCCCGUCAUGCGCGAAAUUGUUACUCGAAUUACCGAAGAGACCUUGAAGCGUAAGAGGGCGGGAUUGCUGGACAAUGUCCUUGACAAGAAUGUCGUCGAGUUCACUGGCCCGGCCGUCUGGACCGAUACCAUCUUCGACUACUUCAACGACCCGAGAUACUUUGACAUGAAGAACUCAAAGGGCGCCAUCGACUGGAAGAACUUCACUGGCAUGGAGACCUCCAAGAAGGUUGGCGAUGUCGUGGUCCUUCCCAUCACGAGCUUCAGCCCUGGAGUACAGCAGAUGGGCGCCAAGGACUACGAUGAUCCCAUGGCGUUUGUCAAGCACGACUUUGAGGGCACGUGGAAGCCCGAAGAACUCCGCCAUAUCGGCGAGCAGACUGAGGAGGCUUCUUCAUCAUAA